GAGAUUGAAAAAAUGCUGAUAUAAACCACAUUUCAUUCUUCCUUCCCUAAACUCUUUUGGGUGCAUCUUGAAACUUUUCCCUGACUAUGACUGAGGCCCAUGCAGCCUGAUGCUCCCUAUAUGGCUCAGACUCCAGGAUACAUCAUCCCCAUAUGCUGGGAAGCAUAGGCUUUGGUACUCCUAGCUGUGCUUGUGUGCACACAAGCUUGAGCUAAUAUUCUCAUGUAAUGGGGAAGCGAUGGCAAUUUAGUUACCCAUGAAGAAGUAGCAGUAGAAUGAACCCUCUCCAUGCCUUUAACGCCGGCUUCCGAAAAGCGGCCAAGUUGCCCUUUGUCAUUCGUCUCCCCACUCCUUUUAAGAACACCCGCUACUUCUCCGCGUGGAAGAAACCGCCGCUGUUGGAAGAUCAGCCUCUCCAGGAAAUCAGCAACCAAGAAAUCGCAGCUUUGCAAUCUGGUCGUUCCCCGGAAACGUCAAAACUCGAGGAAACUCACCGGUUGAACUCGGCACCGCGUCCCCACGAAAAAAACAACCGCCAGGCGGAUGUCUUUCGGAAUAAACCCUUCCCAAAAUUCCGCACCAAAGCUGCACCGUCCACCAUUAAGGAAGAAUUCCAGAACCUGAGAAAUGACGAUUUUGUCUCCAAGCGUAAAAACCCGCAGAGAAGUCUUCAUCUCCCAGAAAGGAAUAAAGGCUCGGAUAUUUUGUUUGGGACAGCUCCCUGCUCCUUGGCCCUUGGACGGUCCAAGCGGACGUUUUUCCAGCUCUUCCUCAAAGCGAGCCGAGACAGGACAACUCCGGGGGCAGAAAAAUUCUCCCAGUACGCCGAGGAACAUGGGAUCCCGGUGAAAAAGGUCCACAGGAAGAUCUUAGAUGCCCUUUGUAAAGGGGGUGUCCAUCAGGGAGUAUGCUUGGAAACCUCCCCUCUUCGCUCCCUGGCAUGGCAGGAAGGGCCACUCCACCGAGCCCUGGUGGGCAAGGGGUCGCAGUGCAUCUGGCUGGUUUUGGAGGGGAUACACGAUCCCAUGAAUUUGGGGGCAGUCCUGCGGACGGCGCACUUCCUAGGGGUUGACGGGAUUGUGAUGAGUGAAAGGAACAGCUGCUCCCUGACGCCCGUUGUCAGCAAAGCCAGCUCGGGUGUCAUGGAAGUUUUUGAUGUAUUUAGCACUGAUGACGUUCAAGAUCUCCUUAAGACAAAAUCCGAAGAAGGCUGGGAAAUUCUCGGGACGGUUGGCCACGGAAAGAUUCUGGGAAACAUUCCGGUGGUCACUUGCUCCAACUUUCGCUGGACUGGACCCACCGUACUGUUACUCGGAAACGAAGGUUACGGCCUAUCUCCAGAGACACGAAUGCUGUGCCACAAGAUGCUGACCAUCUCUCCGGGAAGAGAUUUGGAAUUUGGGGUGGAGUCCUUAAAUGUGUCAGUGGCAGCCGGCAUCCUUCUGCAUGCCAUAUGCAACCAGAGAAAUAACCAUCCCAAAAUCACUGCAUCCGAAGGAGAAGGCACAGAGUCUGCGACUGCAACAGACUGUAACCAGGAAAGUCAGCCAACCAACCUCCUGGCCUAGAAUGACUUCCAGACGGCUGAAGAAUUCUGCACCUUAGAGAGGAAGGAGCCCUAAAACGGGGGCAGCCUGGCUGCUGGGAUGUAUUUUCACCCCAUGUUGCUUGUCCUUUAUCUGCACUUUGGAACUUUAGGGGUACCUGGCAUCCUCUUUUGCAAAAUUUGAAGAGCGUCUUGUCCUACCUGAAUAAUAAUAAACACCUUCCUGGUAUUCGAAUGCCUAAAGCAGGGGUCCUUAAACUUGGCAGCUUUAAAAGACUUGUGGACUUCAACUCCCAGAAUUCUCCAGCCAGCAUAGCGUCCCUAUAUAGCAGAGGUCUUCAAACUUGGCAGCUUUAAGACUUGUGGACUUCAACUAUGCUAUGCUGGCUGGAGAAUUCUGGGAGUUGAAGUCCACAAGUCUUUUAAAGCUGCCAAGUUUGAAGACCUCUGGCCUAAAGUUUCGUCAAAGUAGUCCACCCGUUAUAGCAAAGCCUUGGUAGUACAGUGAAGGAGCCUUAGUAGUGAAGGAGGUAGUACAGUACAGUGAAGGAGCCUUGGUAGUACAGUGGUCUAAAGCACCCUGUUAUUAAGACCAGCUGCCUGCAAUUACUGCAGGUUCGAAUCUCGCCAAGGCUCAAGGUUGACUCAGCCUUCCAUCCUUUCUAAGGUAGGUAAAUUGAGGACCCAGUUUGUGGGGGCAAUAAACUGACUUUGUAUAAAUAUACAAAAAGGAUGAAGGCUAUUGCUUAGCACAUUGUAAGCUGCCCUGAGUCUCCGGAGAAGGGCGGCAUAUAAAUCAAAAUUAAAAAAAAAAAAAAGCCUUCAGUUGCCAAGUCAGAAGGAAGUCACCGCUUUCUAGUUUUUAAUCUCUCUGCAGGUCAGAAAUUCAGGGUGAAAAACGGCUGAAUGACGGUGGGAAGGAAGUUUGUUUUGGGGGCCCACUUCUCCUACACUGCAAAGGCAUCAUUUAACCCUCCGGUUGUUUUUUAAAACUUUUUUAUAUUUUUCAUCCGUAACCGCCAGGAGCUGACGGCAUUUUAAAACCCGCAUUAUAAAAAAAAGAUGCAGCCUCUCGGUUUCAUGCUAGAUUUUUUUUUUUAGCGGGAUGGGUCGGAAGGAUUCAUGACGUGUCCACUAGAUGGCAGUGUGGUCGUGUGUUCAUGAAUUUCUCUUGGGAGAAAAGGGUGGAAUAGAUUGCCGCAAGGCCUCAGGGCAUUUAUUCUCGUUGGUGCGAAGAGUUGAGAAGAGAGCCCCAUUUCUUUCUCUGUGGCAUCCUGAUCUGACUUUAUAUAUCCCCUGUGCACCCCAUCACAAGCCGAUCCUAUGGAUAAAAAAACCAAGAGAAAACUACUGUACUUUUUGGAGUAUAAGCAGUGGUGGGAUUCAAAUAAUUUAACAACCGGUUCUCUGCCCUAAUGACCAGCUGGGUAGGCAUGGCUCGGUGGUCAUGUGACUGUGUGGGCAUGGCCAACUCAAUGGGCAUGAGUAACUCACGUUGCUGGGCACUUCGCCUUAGCUGUUACAAUGUAAUAAAGGUUAACCAGAGAAGCAAUAAAGAUUAGGCUAGAGAUAACACCAGAAUGUUUCCUUCCUGCCUUCCUUACAGGAUUAGCCCUGUAAAAUGGAAAAAAACCAAAUAAGAUUUCUUCCAACAACCGGUUCUCCGAACUGCUUAGAUAGUUAACAACCGGUUCUCCCGAAUAGGUGCGAACUGGCUGAAUCCCACCACUGAGUAUAAGACACACUUUUCUAAAGGGGAAUAAGAGUAGGAGGGAAGGUUAGAUAGCGGGGAGGAAAGAAGGAGAGGGAGAAAGGAAGGGGAAGUAGAGAAGGAAUAGGAGAGGCGGGAAGAAGAAGGUAGGAAGGACAAAAGAAGGGAGGGAGAGGAAGAGAAAGAGAAGAAAGAUUGCUGUAAAACAAAAAAAGAUGAAAUGGAAGAAAAAAAGGCAUCCCCGAACACGUUUAAAUAUAUUAAGAUAAAGAUUGAAUUAAUAAAAAUUAAGGAGAAUGUAUAUGAUUAAGAAUAGAAAAAAUAGAAUUUGAGGGUGAAAGAAGAUACUGUUUAGAAAAAGUAAGAAUAGAAAAAUUAAGAUUUGAUUGACAAAUAUGGAAAAAGAACACUUUGGCAGAAACUGUUAACUAAGUAAAAUAUAUUUGGAUAUGAUGAA